UAAAGGGGCGGGGCUCCGCGGCGCGCCCCGGCGGUGGCGGGAGGUGGUGGCGGGAGGUGGCGGCGGCGGCGGCGCGGGCCCCAUGUGGCGCACGCUCGGCCUCGCCUCCGCCUUCUUCCCGGGGCUCUUCGCCCUCUGCACCCGGGCGCUGCGCUGGGCGGCCCCGGCAUGGAGCAGCCGCGACCGCGUCCUGCUCAGCGGCAGGGUGGUGUCCACGGUCCAAGCUACGAUGGCGACGGUGUCGGGGCUCACGGUGGUGCUUAGCUGCGGGGAUGUGGUGCGAGACAGGCACUGGCUGGCCGUGGAGUACAUCUGGGUCCUCGUCCCGUACAUGACCUACGACAUCUACGUCAUGUACCUCUGCCACUGGCACAAGAGCCAGGAGAAGGGGGUAGCGGAGGAGAAGCACUCGCUGGCCAGCGUGCGCAGCUUCCUGCUGCGGGAGCGGCUCAUGGUGACCCACCACCUCUUCAUCCUCAUCGUGCUCACCCCCGUCGCCCAGCACUUCAGGGGAGAGCUGGGGGAUUUCUUCGUGGGCUGCAUCUUCACGGCAGAGCUGAGCACUCCUUUUGUAUCGCUGGGCAAAAUCCUCAUGCAGCUCAAGAUGCAGCACACGCUCCUGCACAAGGUGAACGGGAUCCUCAUCCUGGUGACUUUCUUCCUCUGCCGCAUUCUCCUCUUCCCCUUCAUGUACGCGGCCUACGCCAGGCAGGCGGGGAUCCCCCUCUACCUGGUGCCUUUCCGCAUCCCCCUGCACUGCAACAUCGCCAACGCCUCCCUCCUCGCCCCGCAGCUCUACUGGUUCGGCCUCAUCUGCCGCAAGGCCGCCCGCCUCUACGGCCGCUCGCCCGCCGACAAGAGCAGCUGACGGCCGGCAGAGGCAGCCGAGCGCGGGGGCUGCAGAAGGGUUGUGCCCCCCCCGGCUCUUCUGCCUCCACGGCCAGCGCUGCAGGGCCUGGAGCGGGGGCAGAGCAGCGGAAGCAUCCGCACCGCGAGGCUGCUCGGGCGUGAGGCAGCUUUGCCGUCUCCGCCGCUGUGCCAGGCAGCGCCGGUCGCAGCUGGGGGGACUUUCUGGGGGAAAUUUCCUCCCACGUUGCUCCUGCGCCUGGCGUCCUCCAGCCCAAAGUUACAAAUCCUCCCGAUUUUGGGACUGAUUCCAGCACAGAGCGAGGCGCGGCGCGAAGGGCCCCGCAGAGCAGCAGCGUAGGCGAUGCUGGAGCGCGCCCAGCCCCACGCAGCAGCGCAGGGACUGGGGGGAGCCGCGUGCUGUCCCUGUCACUGCUCAGAGCCACUCCUCCAGCUCCGGUUUACAGCCUCCAGCAGGGAGCAGAGCCGUGGUUCUGCACAGCCUGUUCCCAAUCGUCACCAACAUUGCCCUUAAGCUACGGCUGCACCCAGCCUCCCACACGCACCUCCCUGAUGCGGGGCUCAGAGUCACUUCGGGCUCUCCGCUUGCCCCCCAGGGGCUUCUCACUACAGCUGCUGCUGGCAGGGCUGGAGGGAGAAGUUGACACCAGGAUCCUAAAACGGUUGCUCCUCGCCCCUGCUCACCUCCAGCUGACACCAGCAGCAGCCUGAGCUCAGGGUGUAGGGUCCAUCCCUCCUGCCCCAUCCUGGGGUUCCCUCUGCUGCAGGGCAGCUGAGAGACCGGCGGCCGCUCUGUGCCUUUCAUUCCGUCUGAAAGCUAAAAAGGAGGGCUGGAAAGGACCAAACUGGGAGACCAUUUCUUUGGGUAUCGGCUCUCGUCCCAGCCAUGGCUGCACAGGCUGGGAGGAAGGCGAGGGGGCCUUUUCCAGCACGCAGUCGGUUAUUGCAGAAACACUACUGUUACGUUACCUAUCGAGACGUUGUAAUCCGCUUGCUACCCACUACAAAUCCUUGUAUCUUGCUGGUUUUAUUACAAAUAACGUGCCUUACGUAAAGACAGAAAGGCCAAUGAGGCAUCUCAGUUUGCACUAACACUGCCCUGUUUACUACUGCACCACCACUGCCCUGUUCACUAUUGCACCUGUCGGAAGAGACCAGUAAAUAAAGACUUCUUUCCUCAA